AUGUCCACGCUGUGGGAGGUGACCAAUUUUAGUCUGAGGACGAGCGCCAAAGACAGCACAGCGGACUCCCUUUAUGCAAAUGGCCAGAUGCAGGUGAAGGUGAUUGUGUCCAUCAAGGCUAAAAUCCCAGACCCAGACGAUGGACCAGCCAAAGAUUACACGUUGACCGCCGACGAGCUCAAGACCAUCAAGUUGAUCUAUUAUGACACGAGGAAGGAAUUAUCGGGGGAGUGGUCCUACUCUACUACCGAGAAUGACUUUGCCCAUGUGCUGCCUGGCGGUACAGCCCCAGCCGAACCCAUCGCGGAUGGCACACAGGCUGUCAUCUUUUGGGUUUCGUCUACCAAGUUGGACCAUGAGAAUAUCGCCGCCCAAGUCAGUCAGCCGGGCAAGGACGAGCCAACUAUCAUCGAUACUACCGGUGGCUCGUACCACUCCAUGGUCACACUCGUGACUCUUCAGCCGAUUACCUAUACUACAAGCAACGUCUCCUUCACUCGAGAGGAUACGGCCGAGGGGACAUGGAAAAAGAAGACCUGGUCUGCCACAUGGACCUAUAAGUGGGACCAGGAUAACUACUAUCUUUCCUCCAAGUUCUAUCCCUUCCUGAAAGUCGAUCGUAAAAAAUUCGUUACCAAUGAUGAUAGGUUUGCCUACCUCAGAGUCGACGGCAGCGAUAUUUCCAUGUUCUAUAUGUUCAACAUGGGAGAGGAAGAGACGGUGCAACGCGGUAUUACUAGCACAAAUGUCAACACCACACUUGAAAGAAGAGCCGAUAUCAGGAUCAAUCAGCAAAAGAACGCCUUUUGUCUCACCCGCCUCCGCUUCUUCAAUGGGUGGUCACACUGGGAGCCUAAUUGGAAUCAGGAUGCUUGGUUCACCAUAUAUGAUUUGUAUGGAAAUCACGGCCAGUUCUGGGUGAAUACUCAAGGGCAAAACACACUCUCUAUUACGUCCCGAAAUGGGUCUACCUCGAGCGGACCUACAGCAAAGAUUUGA